AAACGGUCACUCUUCAUAUUUUCCUUUGUCAAAAUAAAUAGUAAAUAAAUAAAAAUUGAAUUCACCUGGAAAACGAAGAAACCACACGAAUAUAACGGCUCAAAUGGAAGACGAGGAGACCUCAGAAAUCAAUUCUGUGCAGGGGGAGGACGAAACGGCUGAGUUAAGAAUACCCUCUGUCCAGGAGCUUCUAGACAACGUGGAUGACCUGGAGGAACCUGUACACAAUCCAUUAGAUCCGCUGGCCAUCGAGGGAGGCUUGGAUGGGGGGCUGGGGGUCAUAGAUGAGGAUGUUCCGGAGGACACCGCGAGCGAGGGCAGUCAUCCCAGCAGCGACAUGUCCCUUGAAAGUCCAGGCAGUGAAGAUGACUCCGAUCUGGAGCGCCUUCCCCGCUGGAUGAUCCCCCAGAACCGCCUGCGUUCUGCCGUGGACAUGAUGGUAUCGCAAGCCCGCAACCGAGAUGGCGGAAUCGCAGCAUUGCUCAACCGGGACAACUUCCUGCAGCGCGUGCGCAGCAUGGUCUUUAGCCAGGAGCGUCAGCGAAGUCGCACCAGCGAGGACACCAGCCAGGAGGCCACCGAGCAGUCGGACGAACCCCCACCGCCGCCGCCAUCUCGUCCCCAGAUCGACAUAGAGCUGGAAAGGGCCGUGCGCUUCGACACCAACUUGCCGGCCGAGCACUCGUACUUCGGCAACCAUUUGAGCCGCGUACCCGGCGUCGACUACUUGGAGGUGGGCAGCACCCAUCACAUGCUCAUAUUCCUGCACCAGCACAUCCUGUUCCCCGGCGAGGUUCUGCCCUUCAUGCUCGACGACCGAAUGUUUGACGAGGAUAUGCCCGGCCUGGAUGGCCUAAUCUUCGGCGUGGGCUUUCCGCAUAUGCAGCCGCCGGAUGACAUCCCGCACAAGCUAUAUGGGGUUACGUGCCAGAUCUACGAAAAGGGCGAAAGCGGCAGGGAGUUGAUGUUCUACAAAUCCCGAGCACUACAGCGCAUCAUCAUCAACUGCGAUGAUAUCCAGGGGCCGCCGCAGUAUAUUGCCCGCAAUCCGACAAGCAAGUGCUUCAGCAAAGUCAAGAUAUUGCCGGAGUACUUCCUGCCAGAACCACUUCAAUCCGUUGAAAUGGGUUCGAUGGCCAGGUUUCGGGAUAUACCCUCGAUGCGAGACAAGUACCGCAGAUUCCAGCUUGCCAGCACCCCUUGGCCGGCUGAUGUCUGCCAAGAGUAUUCAUUCGAUGCCAUCGUUAAGCGCGCACGUCAGAGGCUAGAAGUCCAAAAUAUAGACACCAUGCCAAAAUGCCCCAUUCAGUUGUCCUUCUGGCUGGUGCGAAACCUCCACCUAACCGAAAAGAUGAUGCGACUGACCUUCCUCACGGACUCGGUUAACACUCGCCUCCAAUUGAUCAAGAGCACGUUCAAGGAGGAGUCGCUCUUCUUCUGCCGAUAUUGCAACAGCAGUCUGGCCCACUGCGCGGAUCUCUUUGCCAUGUCCAAACACGGUGUUCAGACGCAGUACUGCAAUCCAGAGGGCUACAUCCACGAGACGAACACCGUUUACCAGGUGAUGUCCCAUGCCAUCGGCUACAGCGGCGAGCCAUCCACCAAAUUUAGCUGGUUCCCCGGAUACCAGUGGCACAUCAUACUGUGCAAGUUUUGCGCUCAGCACGUCGGCUGGGAGUUCAAGGCGGUGCAGCCCAACCUGGCGCCCAGGGUCUUCUUCGGCCUGGCUGGUUCCAGUGUGCGGAUUGGAAAGGCCAGCGAGAACACGCCGGUCAACGGCAGCACCUACGUGGUGCGCAACAUGCUCCGGCUGAUCUCCAACGAGAUGGAAUGAGGCUGGCGCGUCGUGAAGCGAUUUAUCAGUGGCCAACUCUGCUGCUGCCGUCGCCCGGAAAACAAUGCGGGACCUGCUUAAUUCGUUACACAACCAGACUUAGCAGAAACCACGGCAGUUGUUGGGCGUGUAUGUAAGCCGAAAGAUUGAUUUACAUAUGGUUGGAAAUAUGUUCUUUAGUUCAAGUAAAUUAUGCCUAAUUGAUAUUUAAGAUUUUUGAAACUAAAGUCUCUCUGUAAUAAGUUACUCUUAA